AAUCUCCAUCACCUCCCCAAUAAUUCCUUGCACUCUUCUUCCUCCACAGUCUACACACACAUUGUAAUUUGCUCAGGGAAGAAAAAAAAAUGGCAACAGCGAUUGCUUUCUCCGGGCUAUCUUUCACCACCCUCCGAUCAAAGGCUUCUGAAUCGUCGGCUUCUCUUUUCAGUUUUUCUCGGCCCGCUCCGAAGCCCGUUCUCGACUUUUCAGUCUCCCCGCGACUCGAUUUUUACCAGAAUAAGAAUUUCAUGGUGUGUGCCUCUGUUGAUGGAGUUGACUCGGUCGGCUCAGUGUCGCUUAAGUUUGAGCUGGAGAACGAUGAUGUUCCAAUGCCUAUUGUGCUGAUCGAUCAAGAUUCUCAUCCCGAGGCAACUAUUGUGCAAGUCUCGUUCGGAGAUCGCCUAGGUGCUCUUUUCGACACGAUGAAGUCUCUUAAAGACUUGGGCUUGGAUGUUUUGAAGGGAACUGUUACUACUGACAACUCUGUCACACAAACUAAAUUUUUUAUUACAAGACUGACGACAGGGCGCAAAGUUGAAGACCCUGAUCUCUUGGAAAGAAUUCGUUUGACUAUCAUUAACAACCUGCUUAAAUAUCAUCCGGAGUCGAGUGAGCAGCUUGCUAUGGGUGAAGUCUUUGGAUUAGUACCACCAGAAAAAAAGAUUGAUACUGUUAUCGCAACUCACGUACAUGUUAAGGAAGAUGGACCAAGGAGAAGCUUGCUCCGUAUAGAGACGGCAGAUCGACCAGGACUGCUCUUAGAGAUCCUGAAAAUCAUUGCGGAUAUUAAUAUAGACGUUGAAUCAGCGGAGAUCGAUACAGAAGGGUUGGUGGCUAAGGACAAGUUUCAUGUCAGUUACCGAGGGUCAGCCUUAAACAGUUCCCUUUCUCAGGUUCUGGUGAAUUGCCUGCGUGACUAUCUGAGGAGGCCAGAAAAUGAUGAAGACAGUUACUAGAAGAACUAUUUAAAUUGCAUGUUGUAUAACUAAUUUUCGUCUGUAUAAAUAAUUAAAUAUUGUGUGGGCAUGAAUUUGUUAAAAACUUGUAAAACUUUUAAUUAAGAAACUCAGAAUAAAUGAACUAUCAGCAUAAACACACUGUGGAAAGCACAGUGAUGAACAAUUGCUUGUUAACUCUUAUGAAGGUUUUCAUGGAUAA